AUGCAUGAGAGCACGGCGGAGCACUUCAACGCGGGCUCGGAAGAGUCCUCCCGGGGAGACGAGCAGAGCAUCUCCUCCGCCGCGGAUGCCGACCUCGACUGGAUUCCCGGGGAGGAGGAGGAGGAGGAGGAAUUGAGCCACUUGGAUCCCGCAGAUGAUGAUGUGAGGGAAGAGGAAGAAGAGGGGGUGCCACGCUUCGUGGCGUCGGCGUUCAGCAAUGUGCUUGUGAGCGACUUGGUGAAUCUGCGGCUACAAGGCGAGACGUUGGGCCUGGAGCCCCCGCACACGGCGGCCUGCCCCGGCAGCGACGACACAGCGGCAAGGGCGAAGGUAUGUUGCAUUUGUAGUGAUGCUGCCCUGUACACCUGCCCGGGCUGCGGCGCACGCACCUGCAGCGUCACCUGCGUGCGGGUGCACAAGAAGGAAUCUCAGUGUAGCGGAGAACGCGACGUGGCGAGGAAGGUGCCGCUGAGUGCGUUUACCGACGGCCAGCUGCAGCGCGAUUUCCACUUCCUGGAGGAUGUCCGUCGAACCAUCAGCAACUGCCGGCGGGGGCUAUCAAAGGUGUGGCGCUACACCUUUCGUGCGCUGCCCCCGCCGCUGCACGCCCUGCGGGAGGCCGCGAAGAAGCGGGGGGUGGUCUGCCAGAUCACAUCCGAGGGCAUGACGAAGCGGGAUGCAAACACGUCUCGCUUUGACCGCAGGACGGAAACGAUCACGUGGCGUUGCCAGUUCAACUUUCACGGCCCCGACUUUACCGUUUCCACCGACUGGGGCAACGAACGCCAGCGCCUGGGCGAUAUUGCCGCCUUCUGUUGGUCCACCAAGCCACCGCUGCCGUGUUUCCACAUCAAUCGACAGUACAACCGCGCCUCUAAGUGGAUCGGGGCGGCGGAGCAUAGCGACGCGGGGGACGGAAAAUGUGACGAGAAGGAAGUGGAUAAGGCGGAGGCGGAGGCAGAGGCGGAGGCAGAGGCGGAGGAGAAAAUUAAGCACGAGGAGCAACGAGAGGAAGAAGAUAAGGCGACGAUCACGGCGGAGGCCACUGCGACUUGCGACGGCGUCUUCCUUGACAACCAGCCACAGUGCCAGGGGGCGUGGAGCCCAUGCCAGCUCUCCAUCGCCCCGCUGUCGUCUGAGGAGGCGUGCAAUGCGCAGGCUGUGAAAGCGUUCUUGGCGAUGGGGCCUGCCGUCAUUCUUUCGCGGGCCGAGCGUUUAGGCAUGCAGCAAAAGUACUUUCGGAUGUCGCCCUCCGGCACCUUGAAUGAGGCCCUCCGUACCCUUUUUUUUAUUAAUGAGUUCCCUGUCUUUGACGUCAUCCACGCCUCCGCGUUGGAGGCGUAUCCGCUUGUCACUGAGGCCGAUAAGGAGCUUAUCCGCGAGAGUUUUCGUCCGACACCGCGGCCGCCCAAGCCGGAGCGCAAGCCACGACGCACAAAGGCGGAUCUUAGCCCCGAGGAGGCUGAACGGUAUGCAAGGGUGCCGUGCCGCAUGUUUCUCGCCGGCUGUUGCAAACUCGUCGCGGAGGAAUGUCCCUACUGGCACUGCGAGUACAGGGAUGUUCCGGCGUGUCGUAGUUUCGUCAAAUUCGCCUUGUGUGAGAAGGGAGACCGCUGCAGUUUUCGCCACGACCCCGCCGCCGUUGGGGCGGCUCGGAAGCGGGCGAGAGAAGAGCGCCAGCGCCCGUGCGAGCAGCGGAGCAGACGCCGCCGCUGCGAAAAUAACUUCGCGGGCGACGGUGCCGGGGAUCGCGAGAAGUAA